AUGAUUUCAUAUGAGUUAUUACAAAAAGAUGGUGUGGUUGCAAAUGAAAAUGUAUCUGUAAAUGGGAAUCAAUACAUUUUUGAUUAUCCUUGUGAGAAUACAUCAUUUUGCACGAAGUAUGUUGUUAAAUUACCACGAGGUACAUACCAAUUCGAAUUAUAUGGUGCCAGUGGGGGAAGUGUUCGAGGUAGGGUCUCAUCUUACAGAGAUAAAAAUAAAAAUUGUAUAUUAAGCAACAUUGUUGAAAUAUUCCAUGGCAACGCUGAGUGCUUUCAAAAGGAUAGUAUUGGUGGCGCAGGAGGUUAUUUAUCUGCCACCCUCAAACUACAAUCUCCAAUAACAACUUUUCUGACCAUCGGAGGUAGAGGUGUUUAUGGGAAGAAAAGUGAUGAAUCGGCCACCAAAAAUUGUUUUAAGAAAGAAAACAUGCAACCUGGAGGGUAUGGUGGAGGAGGAAGCUCCGCAAACUAUGUGAGAGGGACAGGGAGCGGAGGUGGCCAAACGGCUGUCAAAUUUCAUGAAAAUGAUCUAUGGCAUCGAGUUCUUGUGAGUGGUGCUGGGGGAGGUUGUGACGACAGUGAAACAGAUGAUGGCAGUGGCGGUGCAGGAGGAAAUAUUACUGCACAAGGCUGGUUCGACAAUGGUAAUUAUGUAGGUACACUACUGGCCAAUUCUACAUUUGGAUUUUCUUUUGGCCAAGGAGAAGCUGCUCGUUAUGGAAAUAGAAUCAAUCCUUAUGCUGUUCUAAGUAGUCGUAAUGAAGAUAAUGCCGGCGCUGGUGGAGAUUGGUUUGGAGGAUUUGCAAGUCAAUCUGGUUACGCAGGAGCUGGUGGAGGAUCUUCUUUUGCUCUCACUAAAGAUACAGUCAUUCCUCCUGGCAACAUCUCCGCUUACGAUGAGUUUUACACUAAGAUUGAUUCGAAACCUUACGCUUUUAAUAUCAACUCUGAGUAUUUGUUUGAGAAAAUAAUACAUAUGCCUGGAAUAUGGGAAGGAAAUGGAAGAGCUGUGAUUACAAUACUUCAGUCCUGUGUAAUCCAGUCUUGUUUUCGAUAUUACAAUAUUAAUUAUAUAGAAAUUUUAAUUUUUAAUUUAAUAUAA